UCAACACCGACAUGCGCGUCAAGGUCCAUGUCCUCGCGCCGCUCCCAGAGCGCAAGGUCAUCCUCGCAGUGCCCGACGGCGCGAGCGUGUCGGCGCUAGAGGCGCAGGUGCGCGCGAGCGUCCCAGGGCUGCGAGGGGACGUCGUUCUCGAGGUGGACGGGUUCGAGCUGCUCAGCGGCCAGGUCGCCGAGGUACUCCAGCCGGCCGACGUCGUGACUGUGCGUCUCAAGCCUACGAGCUCGAAGCGCCAGCGCGAGGGAAGCGCUGGGGCAGGAGCGAGCAACAAGCGCGCCAGGAGGAGCAAGAGCGCCAGCAGGCCCGAGGCCGUGCCGUUACCCCUGAGCGAGGACGAGAUGGACGUGGAGAGCGAGAGCGACUCGAGUGACUCUAGCAGCUCUAACGACUCGGGCGAAUCGGACUCGAGUGAAUCCAGCUCGUCCAGCGACUCGAGCGACGCCUCGUCGGACUCGUCACCAGACUCGGACUCGGACUCGGACUCGGAAUCGGACUCGGACUCGAGCGACUCCAGCUCCUCGGCGGCGUCACCACCAGCAGGUCCCCAGCACAUCCCCCCAGGCCACGGCAAGGCGUCGACCCACGAGCGCAACGUGAGAAGAAGGAAGGCGCGCAAGCUGCGCCAGGCCGCCGAGGAGGCCGAGGCCGAGGGCGGCGUGGACAGCCAGCCCAGCGCAACUCCCGCCCCCGCCCCCGCAGCGCCAGAAGCGGCCGGCACGCCCGUCACGCCCCUCCUGCCCGUGCCGCGCGUCAUGGCGAACCGGAACAAGAAGCGCGGGUUCUUGAAGGACAUGCAGGCGGGGAUGAGGACGGUGUUUGACGACGACGAGGAGGCGCCGGUGGCGGCUGCCGGCGGUGCGGCGGCGUCGUCCGAGUCGGCGUCAGUGUCCGAGUUGGCAACGCCUUCAUCGGACAAAGUGACGGCGAACGGCACAGAGCUGGCACCGCCUACGAGCGCCGCGACGCCCGCCAAGGCCACGCCAACGCCGGCAGUACCACUACCGACGGCCGCGCCAGCCUCGGCCCCGGCAGCCUCCCUCCCCGCGACCCCGAUCCGCGUCACCCAGCCGCUCCACCCCCAACGCGCCAAGUUUGCGCCCCCGUCCGAACGCGCCGUCCCGACCAACGUCUUCGUGUCGUCCAAGCAGUUCCCCUUCGUCAAGGACCAGCAGCGCAAGGGGCAGGACGCGCGUCGCGGCGGCAAGCAGCAGGCCAACGGCCACGGCCACGGAGGUGGCGGGGCACAGCAGCAGCGCGAGCUGCCGUACGACGUGCCGUAUGACUUCUCGCAGGGGCUUCCGUAUGAGGAGGAGGAAGCGCCCGUGCCAGCUGCGCCGCCGGCAUGGGCGAAGAAGGGGAGCCGGAGCCGCGACGCCUCGACGCCGUCGGUCCCCGUGGCCUCUACGGCCGCCGAGCCCGAGCCCGAGCCGAGCACGGCCCUCUGGGACCGCGUCGACGCCGCGUUCGACACGCUGCCAGAGUACCGCGCGUCGACCAAGCUCGCCCCGGGCACCGUCGUCGCGUGGCGCGAGGUCGCGAUCGACUUUACGACGUUCACGCCCGAAGUCAAGCUCCUGCUCGCGAGCGUGCGCUCCGCCAACGCCGCGGCAGUCACGCUCGAGCGCCUGACGCACCCCGCGCUCGUGAACCCCGAGGAGGACGAGGACGCGCCGCCCGCACUCGAGAUGUUCACGCCGGCGGCGCUGCAGGCUGCCGGGCGGAGGGUGGUGCCCGCGGAUUGGGCGUAG